UUUUGUUUACUAUCUACUUUCCUAAGAUACAUACUUUUUUUUGAAAUGUCGGUACGUUUAGUGUUAAAGAAUGCUUGGAGGCUUUACCACAACAUUCAUUGGAACAUAAGCACGGUUGGCUGUUAGUUCUUAUCCAUGCCUUGAGUAAAAAAAAUUGGAUAUCUCAUCAUCAUACAAUGUCAAACAAGGAAUUUCGCUGAAUGCCAAAAUUUUGUAGAUGCUGUGAAAGUUACGGAAUCAGUGCCUUUUUUAGUCUGACACCAGAUCAGAUCAAAAAGUGGAGCUAUUUGGAAUUUUCCGGUGAAAUAAAAUUUCAAGUUAUGCGAUAUGAUUUUUCAAGGAAAAUUUUUCUUUAAUAACUUCAGUUAUGCAAGCUGUGAAUUGGAAAAUUCAUGUGACUUUUAAAGUUCACGGCAAAGGUACAGAAUUAUUUGGUGACGGUUUUGCCAUAUGGUACGCCAAGGAACGUAUGCAACCAGGGCCAGUUUUCGGUAGUAAAGAUAAUUUUUCUGUUAUAGAGUUAUAUUAGACACUUACAACGAUCAGGUCAAAUGGAACAAAUGGUGCAAAAAUGAAAUCAAGAGGGUAUAUAUAAACAAUGGGUUCUACUUCAUAACGUAUUUAAUUCAAUUAUAAAUCUUUAAAUUAUUAGAAACGAUGGCGCAGUUAGUCAUGAAUCUGAAACAACCCUAAUACAUCACAAUAACAACCAACAACGGCAGCGAUACUUUUAGAUACUUUUAUGAAUGGUUCCGCGUAUUGAUCCUUGUAAUGAAGAAGAAUUUCCCUGAUUAGCUGGGGCGAGUAGUGCUGCUAACAUGUCUUUAACGCGCCCACCGCCGCCUUCAAUGUUUAAUCGUAGUCGCAUGUCUGGUUUGCCGCGAACAAAAGAAAACUUUCCUGCUUUAUGUGGCAAUGCCAGCAAUGCAGCUCGCACGCAGGAAAACACUUUUCCCAUAUCUUCAAUGUUAAGAAAGCAACCCACGCCUGCCACUGGAGCUAUAACACGAACUACUACUCCCACAAAUGUACCGUCAACCAACAACAAUGGUAGCAGCAAGGUUAUUCAUGUAUCUAAUCGUCCCAAUAUCACAGCGGCAAGAAACCCUUCACUAUAGAUUUUCCAGCCUUACCUAGUGGAAAAAUGAAGAAGCAAACAGGCGGAGUUCAAGUCCCAACCGCUAUAGUAUCGGCUAAACAUCGUACUUUAAUGGAUGGCUAUGUUUAUAAUUAUUGUCGUUUUUAUUUAAAAUUUCUAAAAUCUGGGUAUCGACAUCAUAACAGAUAAAUUCAUGAAUAUCCGUUUUCACACGCU